CGACUAUACCAUUAUAAACAUACACAAAAGGAGCCAGAAUAGACUAAAGGCAAGGAAUCUGGAGCCGCUGUGAAAAGAAAUUGAAUUUGUCAGAAAAUAGAGAGAAAGCAGUUGAACAAAAAUAUGAAACAGAUAAAUCCAAGGAAACAUACGAUGGGCUCUUCAUAAUCCUUUGAACUUAUGUAUUCGACAUGGCUGGCUGAGGACGUUUAAAUUCUCUUUCAAGCUUCGGUAAAGAAUAAAAACUCUAACAUGGUGUGAGAUUGUUGAAAUACAAUGCAAGAGGAGACUUGCCAGAGGAUUGAACUGAUUUCAUGGCCAUCGAUCCAAGUUGUUGAAUAUGAUUCCAUGAAAGCUUUGACGACGGGUUUAUAUAAGCAAGAGAGGAAGGUGGAAGGAGCAUAAAUGAAUAAUUAAGAGUGGGUUGCGAGUAAAACGGACAGGAUUGGAGGAAUUUGGAACGAUGAAGACAUAUGAAUUUAUCGACUCAGCCUCGACUGUUUUAGGGUUUCUUUUGAAUUGGGUUUAUGAGCCAACUACUUCAAUUUACGGAUCAAGAAAAAAAAAAGCAGCCCAACACCGGUGUGACGUGGACAAAUAAACUCAUCCCAUUGGCUGAUUUUAAUAGCCGACGUGGAUGGUCUCUAUGUUGCUCGUAUUCGGCUUUUAGUAUUGUAGAUGAUUUGUUUCUACUGUGAUGUUAUUAUUAUUGGUACAUAGAUUACCCGGUUUGUUAUUAUUAUUGAUAUGAUGUAUGUCUAUUUUAGUAUGGCUAAUAAAAUAGUUGUAUUUUAAAUGACAAUAUUUUAUCAGUAGAAAACAAAUUAUAUUUUAACAGAAUACAUAUACGUCGUUUUUAUGUCAAAAGACUCAAAACUUUAGAAGUGAUUUCUUAUAAGAACUCCAAAUAAAACUUAAAAUUAAACAAAAUUCCAGAUUUGACCUAAUAUUACUUUUCAUCGCGACUCCUAUAAAUGCCAUCUCAACAAAGUGUCGAGAGAAAAGCUUUGAAAGUGCAUAAAAUAUAAUUCCGAAAGUUUCUACCAUUAUCAUAUAAAUAAACCGCAGUAUGUCCUCCAUUACAAAUCUUCCCCAUGCAGGCUUCGAUGCAAAAGUCUUAAACAACCAACCAAGCAACAUACCAUCGGAAUACGUAUGGUCCGACGAAGACAAACCCUCAACCGACAUCAAAGAGCUCCAAAUCCCUAUCCUCGACAUCUCCAGUUUUCUCUCCGGACAAGACAACCAUGUCGCGAUUUCUCAAGCGUCUAGGCUCGCGUCCGAAGCUGCGAAGCUUCACGGCUUCUUCCUCGUCACAAACCAUGGAGUUCAGGAGGGGAUAUUGGCACGUGCCUACAAGUGUAUGGGCACGUUUUUUUACUUGCCGGCGUCGGAGAAACAAAAGGCCAAGAGGAAAUGGGGUGAGAUCUCCGGUUACGCUGAUAGCUUUGCCGGAAGAUUCUACUCGGAGCUUCCGUGGAAGGAAACGUUGACGUUUAGAUUCUCUGCUGAGGAGAAGCUCAGGAGCGGCACGGAAACAGUUAAAGAUUACGUUUCUAAGACAAUGGGAGACGGGAACGAAGAGUUUGGAACUGUGUUUCAAGAAUACUCAGAGGCGAUGAACACACUUUCGCUAAAUAUCAUAGAGUUUCUUGGAAUGAGUCUUGGGAUCGAAAGACGCUAUAUGAGAGAGUUUUACCGAGAUAACGAUUCGAUACUUAGGUUGAAUUACUAUCCACCAUGCAAGCAGCCAAACCAUACAUUAGGGACAGGACCCCACACCGACCCGACUUCUCUAACCAUACUUUAUCAAGACCACGUCGGUGGUCUUCAGGUUUACGUGGAGAACCAGUGGAGAUCCAUCGCUCCCAAGCCUCAAUCAUUCGUGGUUAACAUCGGCGAUACCUUCGUGGCGUUGACGAAUGGAAUAUACAGAAGUUGCUUGCACCGGGCAGUGGUGAACCGAGAUAGGGAAAGGAUGACAUUAGCAUUUUUCUUAUGUCCACAAAUGGACAAAGUGGUGAAACCACCGAAGGAGCUACUAGAAGUGUCCGGCCAAAGGCUGUAUCCUAACUUUACAUGGUCCAUGUUUCUUGAGUUCACGCAGAAGAAUUAUAGAUCCGACAAGAACACUCUUCAAAAGUUCUCAGACUGGCUUAGGAGCAAAGAAGUUAUCGACAACAAACUUGCCGGACAAAGUUAGAAAGAGACUGAGAGAUAGUUAAAUAAAAAGAAAUUGAAGGGUUUGUUUUAAUGGAAAUUUCAGUUAAUGUUUUCUGAGCUUCAGACAGUUUAUCUAUAAAGAAUAGUAACCAAGCAACCAACCGCCUUAAAAACAAGAAUCCCAAAGAUUAGUAUGAGCUAACCAAACAACCAACCGCCUUAAAUAACCAAAGCAUCAACUGUAAGUCUAUAAUUUUAUGUUGUUUUGUCUCCAAAACGUAUCCAUGAAUAUAUAAGAAUAUAAAAAAAUUAGAUCCCUUGUAUCUCAAGUGAUAAAAGAGUAUGUAACUAAGAAGAGACUGCCCUUGACAAAAGAAAAAGGCUUCAAUCGUACGUGUUCCAUUAAAGGACUUGCAUUUUAGCUGAACUGAAUCCAAUAAUUUAGAAAGGUUAAAGUAACAUCUUAAGCAAAAAGCUCACAAAACUGUCAAGUUCCAAACACCAUACUGGAGAGGAUAUAUGCACACAACUAGCUUUUGAUUUUGAUAUAUCAAACCAUAUAUAUUUUUAGGGGAUUGCCUCUUAUCCUCUGAAGGUAAGACUAAUUCUAACAGUAGUUGCCAUUAAUAAUUUGGAGAUAUAUUGUUAUAUCAACAAAACCCACAUGUCUAUAACCGUGACAAGAGAGUAGAGAAGCAAUUACGUAUAUACAUUACAUAUAUAGGUGGCACAAAAAGGUUGCGCCAUGAGUUAAAAUAGCUUUGGACCCCUUGUUUAUGUGCCAUCGGAGUAAAUAUUUUAGGUUUUAACAUGCAUAUACAUACAUUAGUAGUCACUUUGUUUCAUAGACCUUUUCCACAUGUAUUAUGAAAAAAAAAUAUAGAGUUAUUUGUUUAUAGUUACUUUUAUUUGCCCAAGAAUUAUAACCAAAACUCCAAAAGAAAACCCCACAUUAACAACUAUUAUACAACACUCUGAUUUUUAAUUAAUAUUCUUAUAACUUUAUUCGCUCAAGACAUGAUACAGUUUGUAAUGCAUUUUUUCCUGUAAAAAGAUGCGAUCUUAAUUUAUAUAUGAUUGACUAUUUGUAUUUUAGGGUCAAGACAAGAGAACAAAAUACAGAAAACAAAAGAAUGGCCCAUCUAAAUAAUUUUCUUGGUGGCUUCUCAUGAAAUGUAUUUGCUGAUGAUUCAGCUAUACAUCAAAACUCGACAGUCGACACAUCACACACUAAUUUCUUUUCGUUUGCUUCCUCCUUUGUGUUGACAAGAUUAUCACAAUACUUCUGUAACUCACAUAUGUUAAGAGUAAAUUACGUUUUUAUGACUUGAAAAGUUAUGGAAAAAGCUUCUAAACAUUUAGUUUAAUCAUCCAGAAAUAGUAUCUUUCAUUUCUAAAAUCACCUCACCUCAAGAUGUCCAAUGAUUUCAACUCUUUUCUCCAGUGAUGUCGCGGAAAGGAAGAAAAAAAUAACAAUAAGCCGAAAAAUAUGUUUCUUAUUUUUGUCUCUAAAUCUAUGUUAGAUUCGGCAGAGAGUAGGGGCCUGGGGUUGUACCAAGUAAAGAGACGAUGUGUUUUUUUCUUUGUUAUCUUCUUGUAUUGUUUUACCUUAUAGCCGGUGUUAUUAAAUUAUAGUUUCUUGAAGUAUUUAAAUGAAAUUAAACCUCCAAAAGUACCAAAUAAAGUGAAACAACUCUAGAGAUUAAUCGUUUUAGAGAAAUGUUGUAAUUGUUUUUGCUUUCUACAACACGAACCAUGAUGAAUUCAUUGACAAAAAAAAUAUAUAGAUGAUGAUGGUACUCACUCUGCGUCAUAAAGUUAAAAUAUUCACUUGUACUAUUAUCAUUGUUCUUUAAUUACUAUUAUUUUUAUGACCAUUAUAAGAGCAACAUUAGAUAAGAACUCCAAAGAAUUUUUUUAAAAAAAAUAUUAAUAUUUUAAUGAAUUAUAAUUAGAAAUUAAAAGUUAAUUGUAAUACAAAAUUUCAAUCAAUCUAUUGUUUACAAGUGUCAUACAGACUUUAGUGGAGCUUUAGAAAAUUCUAAUAUUAGAAGUUUUGUCUAUUCUCUCUCUUCUCAUUUGAUUAUUUUUGAUUAUUUUUUAUUAUUUUUUAUUCUAAAAACAAACUUUAAAAUUCUUAGUUAGAGGUGUUCUAACAACAAAUAAUUAUAAUAUAAAAAUCUGAUGCGUUUUAUCAUUUUUGAAACUCCAACCCUCAACAAAGAAAAUUUUAUGUAACUAAUAAUAAACCAUAUAAACGUUGACAAAAAAACCCAUCUAAAUAUUUAGCUUUGCAUAACUGCGUUUAAAAAGAACGGCACGUGGAGGUAAAGUGUGCGAAGAUCAAUCUCCUUUUAUGAAGGCCUACCAAUGGCCCAUCAAUGAGCUUUGGCUUCCUAAAGAGAGGUCCGCGUCACAUGCAUCUCUUUUGUUUUUUUAUUCUCUUUUUUUGUCAUUGUCUCUUUCAAAUACUUAUAACUAGGCCUGGAAAUAUUGACUUUACCUAUGGGGCCCGGCCCAUUUGACCUACGGCAGAGCGGAUGUGGAUUAAACAAUUUGAAAAAAUCGAUUCGCAGAUGUGGAUUAUGAACAUUUUAUGAAGAGUGGAUGCAGGUUGGUGGAUUUUGAAUCGAGUGUAUCCACCAACCUGUAAUUUUUAUUUUUUAAUUUUUUUUGUUAAAAAGGUAUUAUUUUUUAAAGAAAAUAUGCGAAUUUAAAAAAUAGAUAUAAUUUUAAUUAUAAAUAUAUAAUUUAUAUUAUUUUUUACAAAAAGUAAAUUAAAUAAUUAUUUUUUAAAAUAAAAAUAUAAUCCGUGGAUCACCCGCAAAAUUAAACAAGACGGAUGUAGGGAUAAAUUUAUUUGUUCGCAGAUCGUGCGGAUCGGAUUUUUUGAUAAAAAAAAUUACAAUCCGUAAAUUGGCGAAUCAAGCGGGACGGGUUUGACCCGCAACCCAGUCCUAUUUACAACGCACCAUGUAAUCUAUCAGUCUAUGUAAUGUUUGGUUGCCCUAAUCUUUGUUUUCUAGUUGGGAAUAAAUAUCAAUACAAAAAACAAAACAAAAAACCACCAAGAAAAAGCAAAUUGACAAGAUUGCAAGAAAACAAACGACAUAUCAUCUUAUGAAUGAGUCCAAAUAAGGAAUUAGUAUCAUGGACCUACAUAUCAUGCGUCACUCUCACUAUCACAAAUUUACAGUAUUGUCUUCUUCUUUUUUUUGUAACUGAAUUUACAGUAUUGUCUAAUCAUUGAAAUAAUAGGUAGAUCACGCUUCGUUAAACUCAGAAUUGGAAAACCACAUAUUAUCUGAGUAUCCAAUUUUACAUUUUUUUUAAAUAAAGAAUCCAAUUUUACUUAUCUAUUCCCAAUCUAUUAUAUAAUCUAUUAUAUAAUGAGGGAGUUUCUCACCCCUAAGCGUGCCACGUCGACAGUAUGGGUUCCACAAGCAAAAAAAAAACUGCGUAAUAAUGAUUUAAGGCAAAUGGGUUUUGAAACCGAAAUAAAAGAUAAGACCCCUUUGAAAUGUGUUAUAACGAGUUUCCUAUAUAUCAAAUGGGUUUGGUCACUGAAAAUAAAGAAAAUGCCCAUUUGAUUUUAUGCAUUGUAAUAGUUAGAGUAAGCUCAUAUGGUCAAGUGUCGUUUUCGAAGGAAAUUUAGGGUUUUCUUUAUCGCUUCAGACAGAUCUCAAACACAGCGUGACCCAGUCUUUUCCUAAGAUGUUUAUCACUGGCAAACUCUACAUCUUCACAUCUUUAAUCACUUCAUCGUUAAUAGUCCUGAUUCGUAACACCUCCCUAAAGCCUCCUUAUAUAUACUUCAUCUUUAACAGAGGAACUCUUCAUCUCGAAAAAACUCAUUGAUUCCUCUACCAGGCUUACAUCUUCUCAAAAACGUCUCCCUGCUUCUCCAGUUGCUCAAACCGGCAUCCUUCUCUCAACCUUCGACUCUACCCGGCCUUGGUCGUACUACUCAGACCAUAGUUUUUCUUCUCCUCCGCUUUAGGGAUUUCCGCAACACAAGAAAGGUGGUGAAUUUGUGGGAUUCAAGCUUCUCUUCCUUGGUGAAAAGGUAAGCACAUCUUUGAUCUGUCACACUUAUCUAAUAGAAUUGUCUUUCUUCUAUCACCACUGAUCUAUUGUUUCUGUCCUAUAAUCGAUUGUCUAACUCUUUCCUCAUAUGUAUCUUCUCUCUGAAUCUACAGGAUUCCGUGAUCCACAGGUUCAUCCCCGUUGGUCUUGCCAAUCACUACCGUCCGUCUUUGCUUGCUAGUUCAGUUGCGAAAGUCGGUUUGAAGAUUCAUCCAAUCAUAGGCUUGGUAAAAUCAUCUCUCAAGUUUACUUUGUCUGUUUAAUGAUUUGAGAAACGUAAAUUUAUUGUAUUAUCAUUAUUGGUAUCAGGGAAAUAGUGGUUACGCAACAUCUCAGAAACCUUUUUAUCGAGGCAAUGCAAUGUUAGGUCCAUUCGAAGUUGUAUACAGGUAAAGUGCCUGGUGUUUACGAAACAAAAUCUAAAUCUGAUCCAUAGAUUGCAUAGACUGAGUUACAAAAAAUAAAUUCUUUAAGGUUUAUCUUCGCAGGCCUAAUUCAACCACAUGAGGCAAAAGCAGUUUGCUAUGUUCUGGAAACAGAGAAAUGAAUGAAGGGCCAAAAGCUUUGAUGCAGAGGUCAAAGCCUUGAGAGAAACAAAGGAAACAGGAGGCUGACAUGGAAACAGAAAAUCAGUGAAGGAAGAUCUUGAUACAGCAAGAUCUAAGCUCAACGAGAAAGAGUACAAGUUGUGAGCUGCUCUGAAGGACUCGAAGAAAGGUAACCAAAACCAUAAUCAUGACAUCUAAAUACUUAACACUACUUCAUUUUGGUAUAGAAAUUCAUAAUUUUGUAUGAGUUCUCGCAGUGUUGAAAUGAAAAUGCAGGGAAUAUGAGUAGAGUGAUUCACAAUUCACAAUUCACAAACUAAGGGGUUCAUGUGUAUUUAAUUAUAAUAGAGUUUUUCUGUGCAGAUAUGAGAUAUUGCAACAGAGACGUUUACGUACGCAACUAAGCAUGACAAUGAAAUUUCGACACAAAAGAUCUUCACGCGGGGGAGUAUGGAAGACUCAAUGGCAAAAGGUUCAUUUUACAAAGCCGAGGAUGAUAAUAAUAUAGUUACUCAUGAUGGUGGUAGCAAUCACAAUGCCUUGAUCAUGUGCAAACAAGUGAAAUCCAUGCAAGGAAUGCUUGUUCCAAAAACUAUCUCUCUCCUCCAUGCAAUGUUUUAUCAUUAAUUAGAAUAAAAAAUCUCUAGCUUUGUUUGCAAGUUUUGUUAUUCUAUAAAUAAGUUGUAAUCUUCAAUGAAAUAAUAAGAGUGAUUUGAUAUUUUUGGAAACC